ACAUCACAAAGAAAGGCCAAGAGAGUGUAAGCUAAAGCCAAAGCCUUUGUUAUUCCAAACACCAAACUCUUCUCUCUCUCUCUUUCUCUUUCUCUUUCUCUCUCUCAUUCUCACUCUCACUCUCUCUCCCUUUCUUCUUGAUGAUCCAUCUCAAAACCCUAAUCCCCUUUGUUUCCAUUUCUGGUUCAAUGUAUAUUUUCUAAACCAAUUUUCACAAUUUAUAAUAAUUAACUCCGAUUUUGUUCAUAUCCGGUUUUUUCACAAACUGGGGCACUCAUAAAAACGCUUGAUCACAUUUCUCCUUAUGUAAAUUCUACAUUUUUAAUUUUAAUUUUUUUUAUAUAAUUUUCCGGCUUCUAUAAAAAAAGCGAUUCUUCUCAUUUUUUUGGUCAAAAAAAUCAUUUUUUUUUUGUUGUUGAGGGUUUUUGUGUUGAGUUUCAUCACCAUGGCUGCUGCGGUUGUUGCUGCUGACAUUUCAGCUGAUGCCAACAAAAUGGACUCUAAGCCAAAGGGUGAAUCUGAAUUCAGUGUUCAGAAGCUGGUUGACAUGUUCACCAAGCUGAAUCCUUUGGCUAAGGAGUUUUUUCCUUCUUCUUAUGGUGCUGGCAAUGAUCAUCGUGGUGGUCAGGGGUUUAAUAUCCUCAGACCUAAUGGUUUUCUGGUCAACAAUAAGGUGGCACCUAAUGAUGAUCAUCUUAACAAUCGAAGGAGAAGAAACAACUUCACUCAAGGGAGGAGAAGGUUGAAUGGGAGAUCGCUGAAGGCUCAGAGAGAAGACAGCGUUAGAAGAACAGUUUAUGUUUCUGACAUUGAUCAGCAUGUUACUGAGGAGCGGCUUGCAGCCUUGUUCACCAAUUGCGGACAAGUCAUUGAUUGCCGAAUUUGUGGUGAUCCGCAUUCAGUUCUUCGAUUUGCUUUUGUCGAGUUUGCUGAUGAACAUGGUGCAAGGGCGGCUUUAACCCUUGGUGGUACUGUGCUUGGAUUCUAUCCAGUGAGGGUCCUUCCUUCGAAAACUGCUAUCCUUCCUGUGAAUCCUACAUUCCUCCCUAGGUCAGAUGAUGAGCGAGAAAUGUGUACCAGGACUGUCUAUUGUACAAAUAUCGACAAAAAGAUUUCUCAAUCUGAAGUGAAGAACUUUUUUGAGUCAUCCUGCGGCGAGGUUACUCGCUUGAGGCUUUUGGGGGACCAGGUGCAUUCAACUCGAAUUGCUUUUGUGGAAUUUGCGAUAGCAGAUAGUGCCAUCGUUGCACUAAACUGUAGCGGCAUGCUCUUGGGAACCCAGCCUGUCAGGGUAAGUCCUUCCAAGACUCCAGUGAGGCCAAGGGUCACUCGUCCAGUAUCGCGUUAACCGAUCGGACAUUAUCCUACCUAGACUCGUGAGGUUAUUUAGUCAACUUUCCAGUUGAGACUUUUGCAUGGAAGGGGCAGUGAAAUUGCCGUUUGUUUCUGUAUUUCCAUCUUUAUCUUUUACAACUGUUGUUACUUUUUUGUCGCCGGAGCCGGCCAGAGCGUUAAGAUUUUCUGCUCUAGCCAAACUUCCUAGGUACACCAGUCUUGGUCUUGAACUAAUUUUCCGCCAUUCUACAUUUAAGUUAUUUAGUUUCGGUUACUUGGCUAUUUGGCGCCGGUAUUUAUCAGGCUUUUCA